GUCGGCUUCUGGAGAGGGAAAGGGAAGCCGGCGGAGGAGGAGGAGGAGGAGGAGGCUGCGCCCCGGGACCCUUGCCCCCAGCCUGGGAGCCCCCUGCCUUGCUUCCUUCCUUGGGGCGGCUCUAUAAGAGUGCCUGGGAGGCAGGGAAGAGAGCCUCGCCUUCGCCAUGAGUGCCGAGGAGAAGGAGAACUUGCUCCGCUUCGGGCAUUACAUCCAGAAGACCCUCAACCCCGUCUACAUCCUCAGCUACAUGAAGGACUGGCUCUCCGAUGACAUGGUGGAGAAGAUUCAAGGGCUGAAGGACAACCCAACAUUGGCUGCAGAGAUAUUUCUUCAGUCCAUUGUAAAACUCACAUCGGACGGAUGGUUUCGUGGAUUUUUGAAUGCGUUGAACGCAGCAGGUUACACUGGUCUUCAUCAUGCCAUUGAAAAUUGGAAUUUUGAAAUGAUUGAAAAUUUGGCGCCUCACCGAGCAUUGCUGAAUGUAAUUGAGCCCUCUCUGCGAGUUGUUGAUCCUGAACAAGUAUUUCCUCACAUGACCGACUGCCUCAGAGAUCAAGAGUGGGAAGAAAUUCGACAGACUAAAGUGACCAGUGGUAAAGGAGCAAGUAUGAUGAAGCUCCUAGAAUGCUUGCGAAGGUCCGAUAAAGUGAAUUGGCCUAAAACCUUCCAGCUGGCAUUGGAUGAAGCAGACUAUGUCAAUGAAAGUAAAUUGCUCAAUUUGAAUCAAGAUAAUGAUAAUGGCCGAGAUGUUGAAAUGAUGGAUGAAGAUGAGAACAGCCGUGUCAUUGAUAUAAAUGUACAAUAUUCUGAAGAGCCGGAAUCUGACAAUCUUAGUGCAAGCCCAUGUUCACCUUCAAAAACACACCAAGAAUCUAUUUAUGUUCCAAAAGAGGCAAGAAAUUAUCAGAAGGAACUUGCCCAGCCUGCUCUUAAUGGCAAACACACCAUUAUUUGUGCCCCAACUGGAUCUGGAAAAACCUUUGUGUCGGUGAUGAUAUGUGAUCAUCACCUCCAGAAUAGGCCCCCUGGAAUGAAAGGGAAAGUAGUCUUCCUUGCUACUAAGGUCCCAGUGUAUGAACAGCAGAAGAAAGUCUUCCAGGAGUAUUUCAAAAGAAGCAGCUAUACAGUUUCAGGAAUAUGUGGGGAUACAGUAGCAAGCUCCCCUGUAGAGAUGAUCGUUGAGGGGAAUGAUAUCAUUGUCAUGACACCACAGAUUCUUGUGAAUAUUCUUAAUGAUGGAACACUCGCUUCACUUUCGUUAUUCACGCUGAUGAUUUUUGAUGAGUGCCACAACACGACUGGAAACCAUCCUUACCAUAUAUUAAUGUCCAAAUACUUGGACCUUAAAUUUGACCAACCCAGGACACCACUGCCUCAGAUUGUAGGGUUGACAGCCUCCCUUGGAGUUGGCAGUGCCAAGAAUUUGAAUGAGACUAUAAAAUAUAUCUGCGAGAUCUGUGCUUCACUCAAUGCUGAGGUCAUAUCAACAGUCAAAGAGAACAUACAGGAACUGGAGGAAGUUGUCUACAAGCCUCAAAAAUCUAUCAGGCCUGUUUCGAAACGCCCCCAGAACUGCUUUGUGGACAUUAUCUUGCAAAUGAUGUCUGAAACAGAAGAUCUGGCAAAAAAAGUUUAUGCUAUAGAUGCUUUGUCCCAGAUCCAGAAUAGGAAGUUUGGAACCCAGAAAUAUGAACAGUGGAUAGUUGAUGUGCAGAAGAAAUGCAUCGUGUUACAACUGGAAAAUAAAAAAGAAGAGAGUAGGGUCUGCAGGGCUCUUUUUAUUUACACAGAGCACCUUCGGAAAUAUAAUGAUGCCCUCCUUAUUAAUGAUGACGCACGUACCUGUGACGCUCUGUGUUAUCUGAAGGAAUUCUUUCAGGAUAUGAAAAGUGGAGGUUUUGAUGAAAUCGAACAGCAGUUGGCAUCAAACUUUGAAGCAAAAUACCCACUGAUGUAUGCAGCUUCUCAAGACAUAUCCAAUGAAAACCCCAAAUUGGAAGAAAUUACUUUUCUCCUAGAUGAAACAUACCAUGAAAAUCCCGAGACUCGCACUAUUCUGUUUGUUAAGACAAGGGCACUGGUGGCAGCAUUGAAGAACUGGAUAGAAGAAAGCCCCCAGCUUCAACACCUAAAGCCAGAAGUAUUGAUGGGACGUGGGAAAAGAAAUCAGAAGACUGGUAUGACCCUCCCAAAUCAGAAAGGUGUCUUGGACUCAUUCAAAACCAUUGGGGACAGCAAGAUUCUCAUCGCUACCUCUGUUGCUGAUGAAGGGAUUGAUAUUGCUCAGUGCAACCUUGUCCUGCUCUAUGAGUAUACAGGCAAUGUUAUCAAAAUGAUACAAGUCAGAGGUCGUGGAAGGGCAAAAGAUAGCAAGUGCAUCCUUGUAACUAGCAAAAAGGAGCAGGAGGAAAAUGAGAGAUAUAACGUGAUGAAGGAGGAGAUGAUGAACAAAGCCAUUAAGGAAGUGCAAGACUGGAAAGAGGAGGUGUUUGUGCAGAAGAUAAGAGAAUUGCAAAAAAUAGAAAAGCAGCUGCAAGAUUCCAAGAAGAAAGAACCCCAGCGACCGCUGCUGUCGGGCAAUCGAAGAUUGUUGUGCAGCAAAUGCAAAAGCUUUGCCUGUAACACAGAUGACAUCAGAGUGAUUGAGGGAUCCCACCACACAGUCGUAGAUGAAAACUUUAUACGACGGUACAUAACAGAGCCUCAUGGGAAACCGAGCUGCUACGGCAACUUUCAGAAAAGGUGCAAGUUGUACUGUGAGAAAUGUCACAAUGACUGGGGAAUCACAGUGAAGUACAAGGCAUUUGAUGAUCUGCCCAUCAUAAAGAUCGAAAGCUUUUCGGUAGAAAAUGUUUCCACAGGGAGGCAGCUUUAUUUUCGGAAAUGGAAACUUGUUAAUUUUGCAAUGAAAGAAUUUGAUAUCGAAGAAAUGUACAAUUUAGUCGUAGAGUAGUCCACUCACUUUUAACUUAGUUUUUAAUGAAUAUGAACAUCUUUCUGUUUCAAAAUUUAGCAGGUGAUAGUUGACGUAAGUAUGGGUUGCUGUGAAUUUUCUGGGCUGUAUGUCCAUGUUCCAGAAACAUUUUCUCCUGACGUU